AUGGCUUCAGAAACCCCUAUCUCCACUGUCUACGUACAGAACCUAGAAGAGCGCGUCAAGCUCGAGACUUUGACGGAAGCCUUGAGGACAGUAUUCUCUGAGUUCGGCAACGUCGUCGAUGUCGUGGCCAAGAAGAACCUGAAGGCCAAGGGUCAGGCCUUCGUCGUCUUCGAUGAUCCCGAAAGCGCACGAAGCGCUAUUGAGGAGGUUGAUGGGUUCGAGCUCUUCGACAAGCCGAUGAAGGUCGCAUUGGCGCGCAGCAGAAGCGACAAGACUGUCGAGAUGAACUGCAGCCAAGAAGAAUUUGAAUCUCACAAGAGACACAGACAGGCAGAAAAGGACAAGCGCAAGGCCCUUGAGGCUGCGGAAGAACAGAGGCAGCUCAACAAACGAGGUCCGGGUGCGGCACCAGACAGCCGACCAACAAAGGCACCCAGGCCAUCAGGUCUCAAGUCAACAAGCGCUGCGGCAGCAGGCGGUGUCCUGGACGAGUUCCUCCCUCCCAACAAGAUUUUGUUCGUGCAGAAUCUCCCCGAAGACUACGACAUCGAGGCUCUGACAAGCGUUUUCGGACGCUUCGAGGGCUUCCGCGAGGUCAGACUGGUACCCGGUCGUCGGGGUAUUGCUUUCGUCGAGUACGAGGCAGAGCAAGGUGCCAUUACCGCAAAGGAGAACACUGCGGGCAUGAGCCUGGGAGAAAAGCCCAUCAAGGUCACGUACCAGCGCCAGUGA